AUGUCAAACGAUCAACUCACAAUCGAUACCUUGAGAGAAUUGAAUUCCAAGCUUUCUUCGGCUUGUCCAGAAUUAUCAGUAAGUACCCAGGAACUAAUACAAAACACUUCUUCUUCUUCUGAUAUACAAAAUAAGGUAAAUCCUGUUAUCGGCAAAGCCAGCAUGGCUGAAAUUACCCAUGAUCAUAAAACCAUCCAAUUAGAACCAAUGCCUACUGAUCAAAUACAAGGUACCAUUUCUUCUGAAAUAAAAAUUCCAUAUAAUAAAAGAGUAGAACAAGACUUAAGACACAAGUUAUCUAUGUAUAUUAAAGGAAAUAAUAAUAAAAUUAGUGAUGUAUUUGAUAUACAAAUUUCUGAAUUCUCGUUAGAAGUAAUUAUAACGGAAUCUAACAAAAUUACAACACAAAAUAUAGCUGAUUUAUUUAUGAUAGUAAUGAAAGUUAGACAAAAGGAAAUUUUAUGUUGGUAUUGCUAUUAUAAAAUAUAUGAGGAUCAAAUCAAAGAUGUUAAACAUACAAAUCAAAUUGAUGACCAAUUAACGAGGACAUUGGUGUAUAAUGAAAUCAAAUCACUUCUUCCGAAUAUAACUGAUGUAAACUUGCAUCAAAGAACAUUCAGAGCAAAAAAAAUUUAUACAUUACUUAUGGGAAUAGGAAUAGAAAAAAUCUAA